AUGGAGGCAUCAUCGUCCGGGGUAUUUCUCGGUGCAGUAGGGGUCGCAUCCAGGGCUGCUGCAAUCGGCAUCUAUGUGGCUGCUUGGGGCGACUCGAGCCGGGCUGCUACCACCAGUACUGGACAACAUUCAUCCAACGGGAGGCCGGUUUGUUCCCACUGUGGCAAGAGUGGUCAUGUGGUUGCUAACUGUUUCGAUAUCAUUGGCUACCUAGACUGGUAUUCUCCCUCCAACUCUGGUUGUGGAGGUCGAGAAUGGGCUGGUCCUGGGCGUCGUGGUGGAGGCGGUCGGGGUCGCGGUGGUACCACUCACGUCAAUGCUGCCGCGACAAGUUUAGCUCCUGAUUUUGGUUUUGGUUCCCAACUUUCUGAGUUCGGCCGGGAUGCUAUCACUGGUCUUUCUAAUGAGCAAUGA